AUGUACCUAUUGACCGAAACCGCCAUGGGGGACAGCACCCAUUUCGAAAUCCUGUCGUUCGAGGAAGUGGAGGGCCUGAAGAAAGAGCGCACGCUACUAUCUCACCGCAUCGAGGGCACGAAACGAAAACUCGCCUUGGAAACCAAGCUCCGUGACGCGGCUGAAUCGAUUGGCAGACUUUACAGCCCCCCGACCCCCCGCAGCAGUGGAGAGUACAGGCCGAACGGGUCCCCAGUAGCACACCGUCGAAGCCAUAGUAUAUUUGGUCGGAGCGGUACCGCAGAGGUCCUUGAAAAGAGCGACUCGGAGCUGGCAACGAGCCAACGGAAAUGCGAGGAGUUGGCGCAGGAACUGUGGAAGCUGGAGCAUCGGUCUCAACUGAUCAACCAGAGAUUGCUUGAGCAUACUGCCGGGGUUUUGCAGAUGACCCACAAAGGUUUGAAGAAGGCCAAGAACUCCGACGCUCUAGACACCGAUGCCCACGACUUUGAUGACCGCCAUUUAUACCGAACGCCGGACCAUAUCGAUAACUACGGGUUAAACGGAAGAAUUGAGGUUGCAAACCCUAUUGAUACGGCAGCUCUGCAGGCUACUGAGAGGAAAGUAGCUGAACUUAGUGAGCGCAUCUGCGAGAUGAUGAUUCAGUCUAAGCCCGGUGAAUUCAUCGACCCUCCACCACAGCAAUCAGAUGGACAAGAUGCUGCCGUAGCUCUGGAGGCACAUUUGGCGUAUCUUGAAAACGGUAUCAACAACCUGCAAUCGAUAGGUCCAUCUCCAAGUGCUGGCUAUACUUCUGAGACUGAAGGGCCUGGCGGCAACGCCUGUCCGAUAUUAAUAGCCGGGUUCAGAGGGCUUGAUGAGCAACUUGCAUAUCUUCAAACUGGCAUCGAUGGGUUAGAAAGCCGAGUGGAUGGGGUGCUGGAACAGAAGAGCAUACUGACCACUCAGAUUCAACAACAGCGUGAACUCAACUCCAAGUCAGAUGCUGAAAGAGAUGCUCAUAUCGGCGACCUGACAACACAGUUGGCACAGGUGCGUGAGGAACUCGGCACUUCUCAACGCGAUUGCCAGACAGCUCAGAGUGAACUGGCUGUGAUGAUGGAGCGAGUUGAGGCUAUGCGUCAAGAUGGCUCUUCUCACGAUGAGAUUAAGGCUACCCUUGCACUUUCAGAGGCAGAGGUUGUCCGCCUACAGGGCGCUACGGAAUCACUGAAGCGCGAAGUCGAUUACCAUGCUGCGCAAGUUCUAGAAGUCCAAAGCCGCUCGGAACAAGAGUUACAGGAGGCUCACGAGCGCGCAGGGAACGCCGCAGAACUUGAGGCCAGCAUUGAAAAAAUCCGCAGCGAGGCUGAUGCCCGAGUGCAGGAGGCAACUGAGCGACAUGCGCAGAUGCAAGAGCAUAUUACUCAGAUUGAAAGUGAAUAUGGCCAAGCUAUGGACCAAAUUGCGCAAGUCAAAAGUGAGCAUGGCCAAGCUAUGGAUCAAAUUGCGCAAGUCAAAAGUGAGCAUGGUCAAGCUGUGGAGCAGCUUACGCAACUUGAAAGCCAGAGAGCACAGAUGGAGCAACAGAUUACACAGACUGAAAGCCAACAUGCUGCAGCUGUGGAUGAGCUUGCCCAGGCCGAAAGUCAGCGUGCACAGGCCGAAGGUAAUGCGAACCGCUUGCAGAGCGAGAUGACAGAGCUUGAAGGUGAAGUCGUGCGACUGACCACCGAGCUCACUAUGGUCAAGGCAGAGCUUGAUGGUGCCUAUGGUACCCGGGCACAGCGUGCGGCAGAGGUAGCGGCCAACCCAGAGAUCAUGAAAGAGAUCGAUGCUUUGAACACUCGUAACCUUGAAUUGACUAUGGAGCUCGCUUCGCUCAAGGGUCAGCAAGGUGGCGGUGAUUUCAAGCAGCGCGCCGAUACGCUAGAGAAAGAGCUUCGGGAAACACUAGAUGACUACGAGGCCAUGACAAGGGCGAGCAUUGAGUUUGAGAAGGAGCGCGAGCGCUUUGAGGGUGUUAUAGACAAUCUCCGAGAUCGCUGUGAGCAUCUGGAAACCCAGCUCAGCGAAGAGCGCAUCAACUGGAUGAACACCAACAGCCCUGGAUCUGUGGGCCGCGAUGGUUCCGAGACAACAUCUACCAUGGUGCUGAAGAACGAAUUCAAGAAGAUGAUGCGUGAUACUCGUAGUGAGAACGUGAGAAUAUUGAAGGUGAGUUUACUAAUUAACUUCCUCUUCUUUCCAGACGUACUAACCAUUGACAGGCCGAACAAGAGGAACGCCGGCGGAUUGAAGGGUUGUUGCGAGCUCUUAGAAAGGAGCACGCGCAAGUUACAGGCAAGCCAUUACCUGGCCCUAUAG